AUGACUGAAUCACUGGCGGACUACCAGUACCAGGCUCUUUCAACGAUCGACUCCAUACGCCUUCUAAGCGUCUCGCAAGACGACAAUCAUCCCCAUGGACUCUGCUUGUCUCUCAAGGAGGUCAACUUGGAUGAUGAACCGAUCUUUGCCGCGCUAUCCUAUACCUGGCAAUUACCCAAGUAUAGCAACUCCGAGCAGACACAAGAGCCAGGGCCGGGAAAGACGUUUGAUGUUGUCUGCGACGGCAGGUCGAUGGAGAUAUCUGAGAACUUGUUCGACUUCCUCCGCACCAUCCUCGAUUAUCGGUGUCUAUCGGGAACCAAGGCAGACAGAGCUUCCUCCACGACUCGCAAGUGUCUGUCCAAAGUUAGAACUGCUCUGGAAACCAUGCCACUGUGGAUAGACGCAUUCUGCAUCAAUCAGGCCAACAGCGAGGAAAAGAAGCACCAAGUUCUUCUCAUGCACCGCAUUUACAGCUCGGCACAGAACGUGCUGGUGUGGCUGGGCCUAUCAGAACCUAGCUCCGAGGUUCAGUGGAUCCACGACAGAUUCAUUCCUCGUCUAUCUCAGGCACGAAAGAAGUCGGAAACCAUGAAGAAGCUGUUGCAGGAGGACCAUUACUGCAGGAAGCCUGAAGUUCUCGACCAGUUGGGAUAUGACACAUGUUCCCGGUGGGCCACGUCGUGGUUCAUAUUUGCAAAGUUCCUUAGAGAGAACCGCUGGUUCGAUCGCGGUUGGGUCGUCCAAGAGGUUGCUUUGGCAGAUCCAGCUCAAAUUCACAUCAUGUGCGGAACAGCCGUCUUGAACUGGAAGCGCCUCGGGGCAUUUAUACAAUUUCUCCACGAGGCUCGAUGGAGCCACUCCUUGGAAACCCAUAUCGAACGAUCUUUCGAACAUGUGAAACUCAUCUCCGAGAUCCAAUGCUUCAAAAAGCCGCGGGGUCUAAGCAGUAGGCAUCUUGGCAUCGGAGGUGGCCUGCACAAGAUCAACGGAGUCCGACCCCUCUUAGCCGAGCUUGUGUACUACACGAAAAUCGAAGGCUGGAACACGAAGUCGGAGUCCGCAUGGCUUGCAUGCGCCAGCUUCAUUAUAUCCACUCUCCGCUCUUUCCAGUUUGGUGACGAUCGCGACCAUAUCCACGGGUGUCUGGGUAUGCUGUCGAUGCUUCUCCCCCAAGGUUUUCCUAGCCCCAUUAUUCCUGACUACGACCGGAGUGUGGAGGAUGUCUUCACAUCUGUUGCAGCGUGUUUUCUCCAACGACUUCCCUUACUCUCGGAACUCAGACAGGUCGGGAAGGAGAAAUCACGCCGGAACACCAAAUUGCCAUCCUGGGUACCCGACUAUUCAGUACCAAAUUUGACGAAAAUAGAUCGCCACAAGCGACUCGACGUGUCGACUAAGACUGAGGCGAGCCUCGAUGUUUUAGAGGAGCACGAGAGAAUGAUAUGGCGCUACCAUCCAAGGAGGCCAUCCGUCAUUGGACACAAGCUUGUUUUGUAUGGUGUGAGACUAGGCACUACGAUGGGUAAAGUUCACGACCUCUUCACUCCAGAGUCUAGCUACGAGAUGGCUUUGACGAUGGUUAGCUUCUUUCGAGCCAGGCCAUUCGAAGCCUUGUGCCGCCCUCAACUUAACAUAUGGAACAGGUUGGCAGCGGCAGUUCUCAACGAAUGUUUGGAAUUAUACAACUUGCACUUGCAGCCCAUGACCCCUGGUCACUGUCUCACACAUCAAACGGUCGAUUAUUACGUUCCGGGACGACGAGAAUUUGUCCACAAACGACUCAACGGGUCCGUGGUAGGAGCAUUAAUUCAGAACGAAAUCUAUGAGUGGGUUAAAAUAUUUGAGAGCAAUUUCGGGAGCAAGAGUCCCCGCUCUCCUCUACGUCCUUGCCCAUUACAUGUAGAUACCAAGGUCUGGGAAGAGCUUGAGAACGAGUGCUUUUACCACACAUCUAGAGGGAGUUUUGGACUGGGUUCCCCCUCCUCAGUACCGAAUGACCAGAUCUGGCUGGCCGAAGGUGCUUCUGUUCCUUUUGUUCUCCGGGAAGUCAUACCUGUGCCAAAGACUGGUCAGGAGGAUUCCCAACCUCGAGAAUUUCGCUAUGUUGGAGACAUUGAGCUGUCUCAUCUCGACAUAUAUUCCAGUCACUUCACCCUUGAGCAGCACCGAUCGAGAUACAAGAAAAUCAACAUUAUAUGA